CAUUAAAAAACAGUUCUAUCUUUUGAAGGAUUCUAAUAAUCGAAUACAGCUGUGUUCCGAACUUUUAAAUAUUUAAACGAUGCGUAAGAUAUAAAAAUCGUUACGCUUACAAGACAAAAAGGACUAUCUUCGAUGGAAGGCGUUGAUGGCAGUUGAAAGUUACAGGCCGGAACCCGAAGUACACAAGUUCUGGAGUUACGUCAAACGCAGUAAGAAAUGGCUCCAAUCUAAUAACAUCACAAUGGUCAAGUCUGACAAAAGCAAGGCAGUCGUCAUCAUGCUAAGGGCAACAUAUGUCAGCGCAUUACAUCAAUAUAUAGUUGACACACAAUGUCAACCAGCUGACACCUCAUACACAACGAGGCUGCAAAGUCGUGUCGGUAGAUUCACGCGCACUGGCCUUGCCACAAUCUUAGGCCUUCAAAAUGCGGUAGUUAGCUCCCCUGACACCCCCCGCCUUUUCGCUUUUGCCAAAACACACAAACCCGGGCAUAAAUUAAGACCUGUGAUCGAUAAAGCCAGAUCUCCCACUUUCAUAUUGGAGAAACGUAUACAUCACUUAUUGCAAAAUCAUCUUAACUCAUACGGCUUGACUGUGUCCGAUUCCAACGCACUACUCGCCAAACUCCACAAGUUAAAGUUAAAUGGGAACGAAUAUCUUACUGUAUUCGAUUUUGUAUCGAUGUUCCCUUCCAUUCGAUUGGAACCAUGUUUUUGUGAGCUAAGGGAUUUCUUUCUCACUACAACAACUGACAGCCAGAGAUUCCAUUCACAAAUACUAGAGCUUACACAUCUAAUCUGCUAUUCCUCCUUUUUUUACUUUGAUGGUCAAACGUACAUCCAAAAAAGAGGCGUACCAAUGGGUAGCCCAGUCUCUGGGGAUCUAUGCGAACUCGUCGUACGAAAAUUAGAAGAAAAGGUCUUACUAAGCUUUCAAUCCAAUAUCCUUAGCUACAUGCGGUAUGUGGAUGAUAUUUUGAUUAUUUGGAAAACCAAACCUGAUAUAGAGAAAGUGUUAGAAGCCUUUAACAAAAACGCCUACGGCUUAACUCUAAAGUUAGACCAAGAAAGUCGCACAGAAGUUAACUACUUAGAUGUCCAGAUUAACACAGCGAAUAAUAAUAUAACCACGACCAUUUACCGCAAACCAACAUACUGUCCUCUCUUUAUACCUCGUAACUCAGCGGACCCGUGGACGUAUAAGGUAUCAGCUUUUAGGGCCCUAGUCUCAAGGGCUUAUUCCCACUGCUCUGAAACUUCCGAUACUUACAGAGAACUGAAAAACAUCAAACGUACAGCAUCGACACAUGGGUUCCAACAGUCAUUAAUAGACAGGCUUUCUACCAUGCAGCAAUCUACAAUAACUACCACCAACACGGGGACUAUUGAUACACAGCAAAAACGGGUGAUUGUACCUUACGAACCAUCCCUUCAUCGAAUUUUUAGUAAAAUCGCUAAGGAAGUGAAUGUGCGCUUAACAUAUAAGAGAAAGCAGAAUAUUUUCCGACUUUUAUCUAAUGCUAAGGACAAGUCCGAUGACAAAAAAGCGCCGGGGGUGUACCGUAUACCUUUGAAUGACGAACGUUUCAAUCGUCGGAUAACAUACAUUGGAUCCACAUACAGAUCCCUGGAGGCUAGGAUACGGGACCACAAAUAUGAUGUGUCGAAGCAGAAGUAUAAUACGGCUCUAGCACGGUAUGCUACCGAGCCCGGGGUUUCCCCAUGUUGGGAUGAGGCUACUCUUUUACAUAGGGCCUUUGACCGACACGACUUACGCUCGUUGGAGGCUAUUGAGAUUUAUAGAGAAACCAUAAAGGGAAGCUGCAUUAACUCCGAUUAUAUUCCGAUUCCACAAUCGUGGAAAUAUUAUUUACAUUGCCACAAGGCACAACAAUAAUCGGAAGUUUAAUUAUUUUUAAUCUUUCUGCUAUGUAUAAGAAAUCAGAGCGUUUACAUCACGCUAAUUUUCACAACUAUUUAAUAAUAUUUAAUGUAUAGCAGUGUUUACAUAGCGCUAAUUUUCACAACUCUACAAUAAUAAUUUAUGUAUAGCGUUAUUUUAAAAUAAUUUUUUGU